AUUUGACUAGUGGCAUUUUGGUAAUUUAGGCUGAAGUAUUGGUGAUGGUGGUUUGAAGCAGGAGAGUGAAGGAGAUGCGAGAAGAAAGAAAGCAAAGCAGAAGAGGAGAGUGAAGGAGAGAUCUGAGUGAGGAUGGCGUCAGGGUGGGGAAUCAAUGGGAACAAAGGUCGUUGCUAUGAUUUCUGGAUUGACUUCAGCGAAUGCAUGUCUCGCUGCCGUGAGCCCAAGGACUGCGAGCUCCUCCGCGAGGACUACCUCGAGUGCCUCCAUCACUCCAAAGAGUUUCGACGAAGAAACAGGAUUUACAAGGAAGAGCAGCGCAAAAUAAGAGCUGCUGCUAGGAAAGAUAAGGAGGAUGAGGCUGUUAAAGGACAUCAUUAACACUCAAUCGGUUAUCAAUUUAAGCUUUUGAAUAAGUAUUAUGAUAAAACACUGUAAUUUUUUCUUGGAUAGGUGUUCCUGCAAGUUCAGUGUGCCCUUCUUUUUAAAAGGUAUAGAGUGUGAAAUUAUUCAGAAGAAUAUAAAAUGGAUUACGUACCUGUGACGAAUGAGUCACCGUGGAUAUAUUGAGUUUCUGUGGCCGUUAUCUGCAUCUUUGUUACUGGUUUUUUUGUGACUCUUUA